UUUCGGCCCCUUAUCCACAUCCGCAACUCCCCCACACCCCCUCCCUUCCCACCAAACCCAGCGCCAUGCCAAUGCCGCUGCCCGCCGUGGGCACGGGCCCCGCGUCGGCGAUAGCUCCGGUCACCGCCGCGGCGCCCCUUAGAUAUCGUCCCAUACGACUCCGCGCAUCUCCGUCGACGGUUUCCUCCCCUUCAACCUCUGCGAUCUCCAGCCCGCCGCCCCCGCCGUCUGCGAGGCAUUCCCGCAAACACCUGGCGGGCAGAGGCCACGCCCCGGCGAGGCCCUCCAAGGACCGUGUCUUCUUCCUCGACGUCAACCCGAUAUGCUUCCGCGGCUCCCAGCGUAGCCUCGGCGCCUUCGCGCGCUGGCUCGCGCUCUUCUUCACGCACGUCAGCCUCCGGGACCCCGUUGUGGCCGUCUUCGACGGGGCAGCUGGGAACGAGUACCGGAGGCGGCUGCUGCCGUCCUACAAAGCGCACCGGACUCGCGGCGUAGGCACCGGUGCCGAUUCCCGCGUGGUUGACGUGCUCUGCGAGUGCAAUGUUCCGAUUGUGCAAGUCGAUGGAUACGAGGCAGAUGAUGUAGUGGCUACCUUGACAAAGCAAGUAUUACAGAAAGGUUAUAGAGUUGUCAUUGCCUCGCCAGACAAGGACUUCAAGCAGUUGAUAUCUGAAGAUGUUCAGUUAGUUAUGCCCAUUCCUGAGAUUGGCCGAUGGUCCUUUUAUACGCUGAGGCAUUAUGUUGCACAAUACAAGUGUGAUCCAACUGUAGAUUUGAGCCUCAGAUGCUUUAUGGGUGAUGAAGCAGAUGGUGUUCCGGGAAUCCAGCAUCUGGCUCCUGGUUUUGGUCGCAAGACUGCGGUGAAACUACUGAACAAACAUGGUUCAUUAGAAAACCUACUUAAUACAGCUGCAGUUAGAACUGUAGGCAAGGAGUAUGCCCAGGAUGUUUUAGUCAAGCAUGCAGAUUACUUGCGAAAAAACUAUGAAAUUCUCAGUUUGAGGAGGGAUGUAAAUGUUCAGCUUGAUGACAGAUGGUUAUCCACAAGGGACACUUGUAAUGACACCAGUGUGUUAUCUGACUUCAUCACUAAAUUCAACUAAGGACAGAAGCUAAAUAGCGGGUUCAGAACUGGAACGAACAGCAGCUGUGUCUAACCAGCCCACGCUGUUUUCAUCUCGUUGAGCGAGCAGGUGAUGCCGGCUACAAGACGCAGAGGCGUGGUCCAGGAGCAGUGUAGUACUACUACGUGCAGCGUCACAGUGACGGAGCGACCCAUGGUCUCGCCCGAAGACAGGCACCGGACAUGCUAUCUCAGCUAUUUUGUCACGCUAGUAUAGCAUAUCUUAAGGGAGCCAACACAGAUUGCAGAUCUGAUCUCAUGUAAUGCGAUCCUCGGAUGCUAUCACUCGCUGCUGCUAAUUGGAUACUGUGCUGGUCUCGGUUCGUGGGGCGCUGGCCAAAUCU